AUGGGUCAAAGUAAUCCUAAGGAUAACAGAAGAUAAGUUAGGGGAGGUAUUUAUAUUUAGCUUUAAAAGACAUACUUUGUAAGCAACGAAGUUAUUCAUGGCUUGCUGAAUAUCAACUUAGAAGAACCGUUUUAAGGUCAUAUUUUAUAAGUAACUCUAAGUGGGGUAGAAGAAACUAGCUUCACAUUUGAAACUCAUAGAGAAGGUAUAAGAAAAACUAUUUAAGCUUAGGGUCAUAAUGCUUUUCUUAAUUUUUAAAUUCCUAUUUAUGAUUUCGCCUAAGGAUAAUUAUAAUCUGCAUUUGUAAUCAAUCCAUGCUAGUUAGUUAUUCCAUUUUAAUUGGCUAUCUCAGAUAAAAUUCCUUCUUCUGUUUAAUAUUUUUGUAGUGAAAAGAUAAAAUGUUCUCUAAAAUAUUCUAUUAUUGCUGAGAUUAUUUCAACUGAACCAAAUGUUAAACCAGUUUAUGGAAGUCAAGAGAUAUUUAUCGGGUAAUAAAUACCUUCUUUUGACUUAACUUUCACAAGCACUGCUUAGUAGCCAGAAUUGUGUUACUGCUGUAAGCCAGGAUACAUUUAGUACAGUAUAAAUAGGAAUUAGGAAUGCUAUUCACCUAAUGAGGUGAUGAAUCUCAGUAUGGAAAUAGAUUUUAGCUAAUUUAGUAAAACAGUAAAUGAAUUAACUAUAAAAUUAGUUGGGCAGUUAAGUAUGAAGGCAGAUAAUACAGUUGUAAAUAGAAUAAUUGAAUUAAAUGAAAAUAGCAUUAACGUAAAAGUAUAAUCCUCUUAAAUGAAAUCUGAAGUUCAAUUUAAAAUACCUGGCAAUAUACCCUUAAGUUCUAAAGGAUAAUUAAUUGAAGUCAUUUACUACUUAUACAUUAUUCCUAAAAUAGACACAUUUUAUUGUGUUUCAGAUAGUUCUCCUCAUUAUUUUGAAAUUUAGAUAAAUCCAAACUCUAACUUAUUAUAAAAUAGUUAAAACAUUCCUCAAUUACUAUAAAUUUAAGCUCCUUAAAAUUGGAACCCAAAUUAGUUAUAACCUUCUUAAUUUAAUUAGAAUUAAUUACAAUUAUUUGUUCAACAAAAAAAUUAAUAAAAUUAGCAGAAUUCAUAUAAUCCACAAUAUGAAAAUAAUUUAAAUAUGAUACAACCAAGUACUAUGAUUUAAUAAAUUUUGAUAAAACCAUCUGGUUAACCUUAAAUGAUUAACUAAAAUUAAAAGUAUAUUUGA